AUGGUUCUAGCAGCAGCUGGUCAAUUUUGUGCGUCUGCAAGCUUGGCUCAAAAUGGUAAAACUGUUAGCAAGCUGAUAUUUCAGGCAGCUAAUGCUGGGGCUAAGAGUUUGUUUCUGCCAGAGGCCUCUGACUAUAUUGCAGGUUCUCCUGCCGAGACAAUUGCACUGGCAGAACCAGUUACGAGUUCUCCGUUUAUUCGAGAGAUCCAAGAGACAUUGCGUGGACUCCCAGCAGAUAAAAAAUUAGAGGUUUCAGUAGGAGUUCAUGAACCAACCGAAAACCGAGACAGGGUUAAGAACACCCUCUUAUGGCUGAAUUCAAAUGGUGAGAUUACUGAGAGAUAUCAGAAGAUUCAUCUCUUUGACGUUGAUAUCAAGUGA